GUGGCUUUUCCUGUGUUUGUAAACUGAGCUAAGGUGGAAUAAAAGCGGAAUUGUGCACAGUUAAGGUGUUGGCGACAUGGCUUUCAAAUGACAGAGUACUGUCGAAUACAACGCCAAGAUUCUUUGCUGAUGACGAGGAUUUUAUGGGGCAUCCGUCAAUCGUUAAGCAGUAUUCUUGGUUGUUACGCAUAGCAGUUUUCGGUCCAGGAAAAACAUCAGUGCCAGAUGAUAAAGGCCGGAAAGACAUAGUGUGUAAUCCCUGGUCUUGACUGACGUCUCAUCUACACACCUCACCUGUCUUGCACCUGCUGUCCAAAGCCAUGUCACACAUGCCAGGCAGCUCUGUCCGUGACCAUAUGAAAUGGGCAGGGCUGUUAGGGUGUGAAGCAGUCUUGUCCAGCAUGGCUUUGAUGCAGGCCAGCUCUAUCACUGCUCCUAAAAAGAUUAUGUCAUCGUUGGGUCCAGCCUCAGGCCAUGGCUCGGCUCAGCGGGAUGCACAGGAUCGCGGUAUGCAAGGACACAUGGUCUUGCCAACGGGCAUGUCCUGUUCCCCACUGCUGCUGCGCAAGGAUGGUGAUUUUACUGCUCCCCGACUACUGGAUGAGAAGGAAAUGCGACCCAGUGAAGACAUGCAGCUAAAGAAAAAGAACAGGAAAUCGGGAACACCCUGUAAAAUGAGAGAGCACGAUGGGCGAGCAGGAAAGGGAGUUGUAGAUGAAAAUGGGAAUUGUCCACUUUCCAAGGUGCAGAAAAACUUUAUCUGUGAUCACUGUUACGGAGCUUUCAGGAGUGGAUAUCACCUGAAGAGACACAUUCUCAUUCAUACCGGAGAAAAGCCGUUUGCAUGUGCCGUAUGUGACAUGAGAUUUAUUCAGCGUUACCACUUGGAGCGACACAGCCUUACUCACACAGGGGUGAAGCCGUAUGCUUGUUCCAUGUGUGACAUGCGGUUUUUCCAACGUUACCACUUGGAGAGGCACAGCCUCACUCAUACGGGGAUCAAACCUUACGCUUGCUCCAUGUGCGACAUGCGAUUUUUCCAACGAUACCAUCUUCAGCGACACAGCCUCAUUCAUACGGGGGUGAAGCCGUAUGCUUGCUCCAUGUGUGACAGGCGUUUUUUCCAACGUUAUCAUCUGCAGAGACACAGCCUCACUCAUACGGGGGUGAAGCCGUAUGCUUGCACCAUGUGUGACAUGCGUUUUUUUCAACGCUACCAUCUCCAGAGACACAGCCUUACCCAUACGGGGGUGAAGCCGUAUGCUUGUUCCAUGUGUGACAUGCGUUUUUUUCAACGUUAUCAUCUGCAGAGACACAGCCUCACUCAUACGGGGGUGAAGCCAUAUGCUUGUUCGAUGUGUGACAUGAGGUUUUUUCAACGUUACCAUUUGGAAAGACACAGUCUGACUCAUACUGGAGAGAAGCCGUUUGCAUGUGACAUGUGUGACAUGCGGUUUAUUCAGAGGUAUCAUCUUGAGAGACACAAGCGUGUUCACAGUGGAGAGAAACCUUAUCAGUGUGAACGUUGCCAGCAGAACUUCUCGCGGACAGACAGGCUGCUGAGGCACCGGCGCUUGUGUCAGGGUCGUGGUGUAGCUAAAGUCGAGGCUCAGCCAUGCUCUUUCUCGCAGGAACCUCCCCAGGCCCCUCCGACCACCUGGAGUCCCCUACACCCUGCCACAGGUCGUCUGGCUGUCUGAUAUAAUUCAUCCAGACCAAACUUGAGAAGACAGCAACACAUCUAGACCUCUGUUAGGCACAGUGGUGCCAUCUGAUGGAGAAAUGUGCUAUAGAGAAAUCAGGAAAGAAGUCCAAUCUUCUGAUUCUUUAUUUGAAGAAAGUGGGGAUUUCCCUUUAAUUGUUAAGGGUUAUUUUAGACUUUUUGGUAAUGUAACACUAGGGUAAAAGGGGGAAAUAUCGAAUCACCAGCCAUCUAACCAAAAAAGUUAAUAUAUUUCAUGAUAAACAACCCAGCUUUUAUUGACAUUGCUUAUACUAACAGACAUUGAUUCCUACUUACUUAAUGCAAGUUAAAAAUAAGUUCAUGGAUAAAACUGCAUCAUAUAUGAUGUGGAGGCCUGCUGUAAAGUGCUAAGGUUGUACCCUACUGUCCAGAGCACUCGGGUAAUAUCUGACUACAAUCAUGAAUACUCCAUGUCCAUGUGGAAAUGCACAGUGUAUAUACAUAUAUAUUCAUUUAAACAUUCGCAGGCUAUUUCUCAAUUACAAUUUUGAUCUGAUAUUGUAACUAUGAUGUGUAUAUAACCGUUGUUUAACGGUAACGUAAGAGACAUAUGCAUUUCUUGUACCAGCUCAUGGCAGUGUCCAAGAACAAACAGCUGGUUUGUUCUCUGGCAUCGCCAUGAGCUGGUACAAGUAAUGCAUCUGUGUCAGGAGUCACUGUAAAAUGCUGUUAACAAAAUGUGCAGGUCAUAUGUCAUCCCAAGUAAAAAGAAAAAUACAAGUUUGCAUAAAGACAUUGUUCUAGGACCAAGUUUUUGCACAACAGUACAUCUCUUCAGAAGUCGCACUACAGUCAUACAAAAACCAUCUCAUUUAUGUGAUGCAACGAUUCUUAUGCAUACAAGAAAGUAAUGUCAUCAAUGUAAUGCAGAAAAGGAUUUUAUGAUACAGAUGUGAUACAGAAAAGAUCACAGUAUUGGAUUAAUAAGAAUGUAAUUGAAAAUAAUGAAAUGGCUGUCAAGCGAUUAAUUGAAUCCAGAAUUAAAUUUUGGGAUAACAUAAUACUGUAUAUGUCUGUGUACUGUGCAUAUUUAUAAAGUAUCUAUAAGCACAUACACAAACAUGUAUGUAUGAUAUGUAUUAUGUAUGUGUGUAUAUAUAUAUACAUAUAUACACAGACAUGCUCAAAUUUGUUGGUACCCCUCUCAGGUUUGAUGGGUGUCUUCUCCAGGCUGCAAGUUUCCGGUCUUUCCAUAGCUGUUCCUUAGGAUUCAGAAUUUCAGAUAAGGACUCAUAGAAGGCCACUUCAGAAUAGUCCAAUGUUUUGUUCUUAUCCAUUCUGGAGUGAUUUUAGCUGUGUGUUUUGGGUCAUUAACAUGUUGGAGGACCCAUGACCUGCGACUUAGACAGAGCUAUCUGACACUGGGCAAUACGUUUCGCUCCAGAAUGCCUUGAUAGUCUUGAGAUUUCAUUGUGCCCUGGCUUUCAAGGCACCUUGUGCCAGAUGCAGCAAAGCAGCCCCAAAACAUAACAGAGCCUCCUCCGUGUUUCACUGUAGGUAUGGUGUUCAAUUCUUUGAAAGCUUGAUUUUUUCGUAUGUGAACAUAGAGCUGAUGUGACUUGCCAAAAAAACUCCUUUUUGGACUCAUCUGUCCAAAUGACAUUCUUCCAGAAGGAUUGUGGCUUGUCAAUAUGAAUUUUAGCAAAUUCCAGUCUGCCUUUUAGUGUUUUUCUUCCACCUUGGUCUUCUUGCAUGGAGACCACUUUUGCACAAAAACCGGCGGACGGUGCGAUCAGAAACUAAUGUACCUUCACCUUGGAGUUCAACUUAUAUUUUUUUGCCAGUUAUCCUUGGUUCUUUUUCUACCAUUUGCACUAUCCUUCUGUUCAAUCUAGGGUCGAUCUUCCUCUUGCGGCUGCGCCCAGGGAGGUUGGCUACAAUUCCAUUCACCCAAUCAACUAAUAAAAGUAAAAAAAUCUCUCACGCACCUUCUCCGGAUCGGUUCCACCUGUGUUGAAUGAUCUGCCCGCUGCUACAAGAUCUGCAGAUUCUGUAGCCAUCUUUAAGAAUCAUCUGAAAACACUUCUCAGGAUAACUGGCAGAUCUGUCUUUCUUCAGCUUCUUUGCUUUAUUCUAUGACAUACCAAAGGCAUGCAAGUAUACAUGCUACGAUAACUUUUAUUUUCAUCACUCUUCGAGGAAUGAAGUAUUAUUUCAAUGAGCUGUAAGGGUACCAGCAAAUUUGAGCACGUCUGUGUGUAUAUAUAUAUAUAUAUAUAUAUAUAUAUAUAUGCAAUAUGUUCAUGUAAUAUGUUCAUUUAUAUUUGCCAAUAAUUUAAAUCAUCUGUUUAAUUUUUUGAUUUUUUUUUUCUUAAAAAUUUGUAUGAAUGUGAAUGUGUUUUAAUACAAAAUCAUUAUGCACAGUACACAGACAAAUAUUAUGUAAACAAAUAUUUUAUUCUGGAUCCAAUUUUCAUUUUAUAGCCCUUGACAGUCAAAUGCAUUACUCUUAUGAGAAAUCUGGAUAACUUGGCUGAAUUGUAUUCCUUCUGCAAAUUUUGUCUAUUCAAAAUGUGUCCUUUUGAUUUGGUUGCAUAAUAUGAUUUGGACAUGUUUUGUUAGAUACUGUUUGCUAAUGUAUCUAAAUGGUAAAAGACCCACACUUUUAUGUACAGAUUUAAACGUGCAACAUAUAACAAAGUUUUGUGGCCUUAGGAUGUGUUCAUGUGUUUGUUUUGUGUGCUUUUUUAUUUUUACCUAGGUGAUAAAAUAACAGCAUAUUAUUUAACCAAAGUAUUCAUAGAGGAUUUUUUUUGUUUUUUUUAACGUUUUAACUUUAUUUGAGUAUUUACAAGCACAGCUCUAUAGAAUUCUCUCUCUUAUAUAGAUUUGUGUGUUUUUCCUUUAUUUCUGAAAAUCCUUAUUGUUAAUGUGUGUGUCUGCUUUCAGCACAUGGGGCCACUGGCAAUGAAACGUCAGAAAUCUUAUAUUGAAAGGAUUUAAAUGGAUCUGUUUGUUGUUGUCUAUUCUAUUGUACACUUGAUUUCUGCUGUUCAACGAGGGUCUCUUGUGUACAUUUCGAUACCAAUGGACAUGCUAGUGUUUGAAAUUGGCAUUUAACAUCAGAUCAUGUUGUGGUGUAUGUUAGCCACUUCCAGAAUAUAAUUUUAGAGGGAGCUCAAUUGUUUAGAGUAUUUUAUUGAUGUACGGUUUUAUUUCAUUUUAAUCUUAUAUAUUAUAAUAUUGACUUGAUUAUAGCCCCUCUAAUUCCAUAACAAUGCUUUGUUUUUGUUUGGACCUUUUUUUCUACACUAAACCACUGGAGAGAUAAGUGUAAUCUACAAACAAAUACUAUAUAUUAGACGAAGCCUCUCUCCAAAAUGUCAGUUUGAGUGAUUUGGUUGAUAUUUUGAGUUUAAGAAAAUACUAACUGAACAGAAGACACCCUAUAUUGAUGUUUUUUGGGACAGACACUAGCAAUCGCAUCUCUUGUAGAUGGUUUGUUAUUUUGUAUUGCUUUAUAUUGCUGUAAAAACAUAAUUGUUAUCAUUUUCUAUAGCUGAAUGUUUUUUGGAAACUCUUGAUUGCAAAAAAACAUGCUUAUUGUUGUAAUAAAGAGCUUAACUGUUUUUUAAAUUAAUGAAGACAACCUUGUGAUGUGAUUAAUUUUCAUUAUGUGGAGAUAAGAAAGGGGCUUAUGCAUAAAUAAAAUAAAAGUAUGUUUUGCUUGUU